AUGUGGAGCAAAAACUACAAGCAGUGUGGCGGUGCGUUCCAAUCUCCCGUGGAUAUUGUACGCAGCGAAACCCAAUUCGAUGCCAAUUUGAAACCAGUUGGCAUUAUGGCUGGAGCAGAUGUUCAGAGUUGGGAGCGUCAAAUGUAUCGGGUCAGAAAUGACAAUCACUCCAUGGAAAUGACAUUCCCCGAGGGACUUUGGAAAGUGGCUCUGGAGAACGACACUUCCGGUAUGUACUGUGUAACCGAGUUACACUUUCACUGGGGAGCAAACGGCACACUCGGAUCUGAACACACACUGGACGGAAACUCGUUUUCGUUUGAGGCACACUUGGUGAUGCAUAACUGUGAGAUUUAUGGCACAUUGGAUAACGCCUUAAUCAGCCCACAUGGAGUCGCUGUACUGGGGUUCUGGGUUCAGGAAAAGCCAGAUGUGAAACUGGCCGAUUCGUUUAUAGGCGUGAUGGGUCAAUUGGGCACUACACUGCAAACUGUGCUUGACCUGGACAGUCCUAUACUUAUUCCCGCAUUCAAUUUGUCCGAACUAAUGAACCUAGUCGAUCCAGGUGCGUAUUAUCGAUACAUGGGAUCGCUGACCACCCCACCGUGCAUUCCCAACGUGAUGUGGACAGUGUUCACUAAGGUGAUUCCCAUGUCAACUGCUCAGCAAGCUUCCUCGGUUGCUGAAAAAAUGUUCAAAAUAGCCAACCGAUUAGAGUCACAAGACGUGUCAUUCGGCCUUCUCGCAUCGACUAACAAGAUCAAACCUCAAUAG